UUAUAGCAGACUCAUGAAGCCAUCAGCCAUGAAAACCACCAUUAUCUCUGCCUUCUGCCUCAUAUCUAUCAGGUUUGUUGCAUGUUUUGACAAGAACGAAGAUGUUUAUGAGUCUCUCUGGACCCGGAACAUGGAUAUAGCGAACAGGACUCUGAAUCUGGAUUUCAUGCAACACAUGGAAGUUGGGGACCUGCCUGUGGACCGCUAUCUCAACUUUACCAUCCAAGACAUCAAUUACCUGGUGAAGGUGACAAAGAUGCUGCGGAAAGUCAGUAGUUCUGUGAAAAAACCUGCUGACCUACGUCAGUUCUUCCAGGGCAGAUAUAAAGGCUACAAGAGCUUCCGCAACGAUCUUCUGACCAUGUUUUUCCUUAAGGGUGUAUCUGACAUCAAACCAACACCAGCCAUGAGGAAGUACCUGUCUGACUACGAGACCAUCAUGAACACCAAAGAGCCCAUCUAUUUUGCUGUGUCUCUCCUACCAUGCUCCCGACUAUGGGGUUGGCUCGCAAACCAAGUAAACAUGACACAGACCAAUGCUUACUUUGCCUGGAAGAAGGACAACAUGGGCGGCCAUCCUGAGAACCACUACAAGAAGCUGCUCAACAAACAUCUUGACACAACCGAUAAAGUAUCAGAAGCGAACCGCAUAUUCCAAAUGCAAAUGCAGAAUGAACACGACUUUUUUGCGUCUUCGUAAAAUUACUUUUUUCCUUCCACAGUAUAGUUGGCUUGACUGACUUAAUGUGCAGGCAAAGUUCAGAUUAAUAAAACAAUAUUUAAUUUAAUAUCAAGAGGUUAUGAUGAUGUGAUCACUGCUGUUACCCUU